CCAAACACAGUGACAUCUUCCAAGACCUUCAUCUUCAUCUUCGAUUUAUAUUUUCUGCAACAAGAGGGAAAAUGGAAGCGAUAAUACUCUGAGAUUCAGAAAGAAGUUCAAAAACAAGGAUGUUGCAGAUUCAAUUCAACUAUCGAACUAACACAAUCGACAUGUCCAACACCACACUCGUCGACAAACACGAGUGAGGAGGAGGAGGAGAGAAACUUUUUCUGUUGAUUUUUACGGAAUUUUGAAAGGAUAAACGAAAUGGAUAUCCUCUUUGCGCAGAUCCAAGCAGACCUCCGCUCCAACGACGCGCUCCGGCAGUCUGGCGCACUCCUUCAGGCGCUGCAGCAGUCCGCCGCUGGCCGCGAUAUCUCCGUCAUUGCUAAGUCCGCCGUGGAGGAGAUCGUCGCGGUGCCGGCUUCCGCGGUAUGUAAGAAGCUCGCCUUCGACCUUAUUCGGUCUACGCGUCUCACGGCUGACCUGUGGGACUCGGUCUGUGCCGGAAUCCGGUCUGAUCUUCACUUCCCUGACCCGGAUGUCACUGCCGCAGCAGUAUCUAUGCUCGCUGCGAUUCCUUCGUUUUCUCUCGGGAAGCUUAUAUCUGAUUGCAAUGCGGAGAUCUCCGGCUGCUUUGAUUCGCCGUCUGACAACCUUCGAUUCUCCAUUACCGAGACGCUUGGUUGCAUACUUGCUCGCGACGACCUCGUCACGCUCUGCGAGAACAAUGUUAACCUCCUUGACAAAGUAUCCACCUGGUGGUCUCGUAUUGGCCAGAACAUGCUCGACCGAUCCGAUGCGGUUUCAAAGGUCGCUUUCGAGUCCGUUCACAAGCUGUUUCAGGAAUUCGAUUCUAAGCGGAUGAGCAAGCUUGCGGGGGACAAGCUGGUGGAUAGCGAGAACUCUCUGGCUAUACGGUCCAAUUGGGUGUCGUCAAUGGUGGAUUUCGUGUGGAGGAAGAGGAGCGCUUUGAUGGCAAGGUCGCUGGUCCUUCCCGUUGAGAGCUUCCGAGCCACGGUCUUCCCCUUGGUUUACGCUGUGAAGGCGGUGGCGUCAGGAAGCGUGGAGGUAAUCAGGAAGCUCUCCAAGGCCUCAUCUAGUGCGGUGAAAGGAGCAGUAGUCGACUCUAAUGCGGAGAAACUGGUUGGAGUCUCAGACUUGGUGACGCAUUUGGCUCCGUUCCUAGCGUCUUCACUGGAUCCGGCGUUGAUUUUCGAGGUGGGGAUCAACAUGUUGUAUCUGGCGGAUGUGGCUGGAGGGAAGCCGGAGUGGGCCUCCCAGUCCAUUAUCGCGAUCUUGACGCUGUGGGACAGACAGGAAUUUUCUUCUGCAAGGGAAAGUAUUGUCAGGGCUGUUGUUACAAAUUUACACCUGCUCGAUCUUCAUAUGCAGGUUUCAUUGUUUAGAAGGCUGCUUCUGAUGGUGAGAAACUUGAGAGCAGAGUCAGAUCGAAUGCAUGCAUUAGCCUGCAUUUGUCGGACAGCCCUAUGUGUUGAUCUCUUUGCAAAGGAAAGUGUCCGAAGGGGUCAGAAGCCUCUUGCAGGUACAGAUAUUGCCUCUCUUUUUGAGGAUUCAAGGAUAAGAGAUGAUCUAAAUAGUGUCACAAGUAAAAGCUUGUUUAGGGAGGAGUUAGUGGCAAUGCUUGUGGAGAGUUGCUUCCAGUUGUCUCUACCCUUGCCUGUACAGAAGAACUCUGGGAUGGAAAGCAGAGUGAUUGGUGCGUUAGCCUAUGGAACUGGUUAUGGUGCACUGAACUGGACAGAGCCAGCCUUAGAAGUUGUAGAAGUUUGCAGGCCUUGUGUCAAAUGGCAUUGUGAUGGCCGGACUUAUGCAAUUGAUUGCUAUUUGAAGUUGCUUGUUAGGCUGUGUCAUAUCUAUGAUACAAGGGGAGGUGUAAAGAAAAUUAAAGAUGGAGCUUCUCAAGAUCAAAUCUUGAACGAGACAAGGUUGCAAAACUUGCAACGUGAACUUGUCAAAGAUCUUCGAGAGGUAAAUACUCCAAGAAUCUGUGCUCGUGUUAUCUGGGCUAUUUCAGAACACAUUGAUCUAGAAGGUUUAGAUCCUCUUCUAGCCGAUGACCCUGAGGAUCCACUGAAUAUUAUUAUAUCAAAUAUUCACAAAGUUCUAUUCAACAUAGAUUCAUCUGCAAAUACGUCAAACAGGCUGCAAGAUGUUCAGGCAGUUCUUUUAUCUGCUCAGCGGUUGGGAUCACGUCAUCCCAGGGCUGGCCAAUUACUAACUAAAGAACUUGAAGAGUAUAGAAAUAAUAGUUUGGCUGAUUCUGUAAGCAAGCAUCAGUGCCGUCUUAUAUUGCGGAGAAUCAAAUAUGUCUUGGAUCAUACAGAAAGCAAGUGGGCUGGUGUUAGUGAGGCCAGAGGAGAUUAUCCAUUCAGCCACCAUAAACUUACUGUUCAGUUUUAUGAAGCUGCAGCUGCCCAAGACAGAAAACUGGAAGGACUGAUUCAUAAGGCUAUUUUGGAGCUUUGGAGGCCAGAUCCUAGUGAAUUAACUCUUUUGCUGACAAAGGGGAUUGACUCAACAUCACUUAAGGUUCCUCCUACUGCAUGUACUUUGACUGGUAGCAGUGAUCCGUGCUAUGUUGAAGCUUACCAUUUAGCAGAUUCAAGUGAUGGGAGAAUAACUCUACAUUUGAAGGUUCUAAAUUUGACUGAACUUGAACUAAAUCGAGUGGAUAUCCGGGUUGGAUUGUCUGGUGCGUUAUAUUUUAUGGAUGGAUCUCCACAAGCAGUACGGCAGUUGCGUAAUCUUGUUUCACAGGUUUCAUUUCCUUCUUUGCAGUUUUUUCCUUUUUCUGUUUCUCCUCUCUGAUCUCUGCCAUUUUUUGUGCAUGCUUGCCAUCUUCCCGGGCCCUUCUACUUGAGGUUUUCCUUAUAACCUCUGCUUUUGAUCUUUAAACAAAUAGUUUUCUGCUACUGUACAACUAUUUCUAAGUGUGGCUACAUGUUUUAAUUUGUGGGUGGCCGGAAAUCUUCAGGUCGAAGUACCUGUUGCCCUCUGCCACGCCACAGAUUGUCUGCACCUCAAGCUUCUAAAUCCUUCUCCUUUAUCCGGGGCGGGGGGGAGUUGGAAUUUUAACUUUCAGCUCUAAUUGUUUGCUGAUAUACCUUUGCGAUGCUUUUUGAUUCAUUGAUGCUAAAUUGCUGUAGUUUUUACAUUUCUUGCCCCAGUUCCUCGAGUUCUCAUUUCCUUAUUUUUCCCUCAUGCUUUUA